UUUUUUACAUAGAAGGACAUAUACCGUAUGGUUAUUUAAAUCAGGCAUUUUUCAAGUCCUCAUGUUUGCGCGAUUGUUUUUCCCAAAAAAUUUUACUUUAAGUCGCGGUUCUGGUUUUCAGUUUAUUAAAACAAGAGCAAUGAAGUACCUCACACAAGACGAGGCUCAAAAAAUUGACCAAGAGUUGUUUAACGAGUUUGCAUUUAGUGUGGAUCAGCUUAUGGAGUUAGCUGGUCUUAGCGUCGCACUCGCCUUGACUAAAGCUUACCCAAUGCCUGCAGAGAAAUCCAGUCAUGUUUUAGUAUGUUGUGGUCCUGGAAACAAUGGCGGAGACGGCUUGGUUGCAGCUAGACAUUUGAAAAUGUUUGUAAGUGAAGUAUAGCAUGAUUAAUUACAUGCAUAAUUAGUUAAUUGGUUCAUUAGCAAUUUGAACGGUUAAUUGGAUCAUUAACUAUUUAAUUGCCCAAUUGUUGCAUAAUUAGAAUAGGUUGUAUCAAUACUGGAAUGUUGAUUUAAAUACAUGAUUUGUUAAUUACAACAGUAACUAUAAUUUUUUUUCUUUGUGUUUGACAUUUGUUUUGCCAUGUUAAUUAAACUAACAUGUAUUGCAUAUUAAUUUCAGGGCUACAGUCCAUCAGUAUUCUACCCUAAAAGAACAGAUAAACAAUUGUAUAAAAAUCUUGUGACUCAGUGUACACUUAUGGACAUACCACUUAUCACAGAGCUUCCCACUGCAUCAGACAUUGAUGCAAACUACAACUUCAUUGUUGAUGCAAUAUUCGGCUUUAGCUUCAAAGGAAACAUCCGAGAACCUUUUGGCACCAUCAUCAACACAUUGAAAGAUGUCAAGACUCCUUUAUGUUCAGUUGAUGUACCCUCAGGUAUCAAACUAUAUUUCAUGCUGAAGCUAUCCCCAACUCUAGCCUUUAAGGCCAAUUUACAUGACACAACUUUGGCUUAAGACUGUCGCAUGCAACCUGCUUACAACUUCAGUUGUCAUAGGUGAGUUGUGUGCAUGAUUUCCACAGUACAACUCAAGUUGUAAGCAGGUUGCAUGUGACAGUUUUAGGCAAAAGUUGUGUAGUGUAAAUCAGCCUUAAUACCAAGUUCUAAUCCCAAACCAGACACUAAUCUUAACCCUUACCCUAUUACUAAUCCCAACCCUAUAAAUCUCUAUCUCAACCCAAAUUCUAACCCUAACUCUUACCCCAACUGUUACCCUAACUGUCCCAGUCCUAACCAGAACACAACCCCCUACCUUCCUUCCUUUCUUUCUAGACUCUCCCCUCUUCUUUCAGGUUGGGAUGUAGAGAAAGGUGCUCCUGAUGGUCUUCAACCAGAUUUUCUCAUCUCACUCACAGCUCCAAAACUUUGUGCAAAGUUGUUUAAAGGACAACAUCACUAUAUAGGAGGAAGAUUUGUACCAAGAAUUCUGCAUGAGAAAUAUAAACUAGACUUGCCUGAUUACCCUGGAACCGAGUGCUGUGUUCGUGUCAGCAACUGACGUCUAUAUUGAAUCACUUGUUGUUGUUGUUGUUGUUGUUUACUAAACUACUAAAUAAGUAUUAAUGUACAUACUAAAUGUACAUGGAAACCAUAACAUAAUAGAAGUAACUUUAAAUGUAUGAAGUAUUUUGUUAUUGUGUUUAUUUUUUACCAAUUUUGUUUUCAACUAUCAAUGAUUUGAUGCAGAUGAAGGCAUUGACUAUUCUGAGAAAAAAAGCACCCAAAUGUUCCCAACUUUAUGUAUGCUUAGAUGCAAAUAUUGCUGGACCACAAUCAUUACUUCUUCACAGCCUGUUUGAUAGUGUCAAGUUUUAUUGGAAAUGCCACUCCAUUUUUCCACACAGCAACCGGCUGGAGCAAUUGCUUACAAGUUCUGAAGUGAUCUUCACAGUCUUCGAGCAUAAACUCACCCUUGUCCAACCUUAGAAUAGUGAUAUCUGCAAUCUUCCCUUUGCUUAACGAACCAAUCUGAUCACUCCAGCCAAUAGCAGUGGCUGCUUGUGAUGUCACUGCCUUAACGAUGUCAUACAAACUCAUCCCAAGAUGAAGAAAUUUUGACAUGACUGUGACGAGAUCAUACGCUGGUCCAUCAACACUUAACGAGUGUAGAUCUGUGCUAAUGAGAUCUGGGUAAAACCCUUCCUGAGAUGCAAUCUCAGACACCUU